AUGGGCCUCUCAUCACUGACGGAAGAUGAAAUUCUCAAGGCAGCCGUAUCCAAAUAUGGAAUGAACCAGUGGGCGCGCAUCUCGUCUCUGCUGGUGAGAAAGACGCCAAAGCAAUGCAAGGCACGCUGGUACGAAUGGCUUGAUCCAUCGAUCAAGAAAAUCGAAUGGUCGCGCGAAGAGGAUGAAAAACUGCUGCACAUGGCAAAGCUGAUGCCGACGCAGUGGCGAACAAUUGCGCCCAUUGUAGGACGCACAGCGACACAGUGCCUAGAACGUUACCAACAGCUUCUUGAUGAUGCUGAUGCACAAGAGUCGGAGCUCGGUCUUGCCGGCACUGGAGCCGAGGCGGGACCCAGUGCUGACACAAGUGCUCAAGCUGCGGCCCGGCGAAGUGGAUCCAGACCCAGAGUCAAGACCAGCGAAACCCGAUCCCAUCGAUAUGGACGAAGACGAAAAGGAAAUGCUCUCGGAGGCGCGUGCGCGUCUUGCCAACACGGAAGGCAAAAAAGCGAAGCGCAAGGCGCGUGA